GCUAAGAGGUCAACAAGACCACACAACAGUUCUUACUAUUAGUUUGCAAAGGCUGUUCGUUGGACAUUUCCUCCUGGCCUUCUCUCUCUCCCCUCCUCUCUUCUUCUCUAUAUAAUUCUCAUCUCACCAUUUUCUUUUAUUGCAUUCUCCAACUAAACCUCAAAUUCCAUUUCUUCCCUCUCUUUUCUUCUUCUUUCUACCUCUAAUAGCAAUGGAUAACACCAACCGUCGUCGCCGUCGUAAGCAACAGAAAGUCACUGUCCAUGACUCUGAAGAAGUGAGCAGUAUCGAAUGGGAGUUUAUCAACAUGACCGAACAAGAAGAAGAUCUCAUCCGUCGAAUGUACAGACUAGUCGGUGACAGGUGGGACUUAAUAGCAGGAAGAGUGCCAGGAAGACAACCAGAAGAAAUAGAGAGAUAUUGGAUAAUGAGAAAUAGUGAUGGCUUUGCUGAGAGACGACGACAACUUCAUGGCCCCUCCUCCUCUCACAAAAAUACCAAACCUCACCGUCCACGUUUUUCUAUUUAUCCUUCUUAGUUUUUAAUGUCAUGAUUAUAUCUUAUUGUGCUGUUUGCCCCCACCAGAAAAAAAAAGUUGAUAGAUGUUAUGGUCGUAGUAUUAUUUAGCGCAACAUGCUAAAAAAGUUAGCGUAACGAAAUAAUUAUGGUUGAAUUUCUUUUGUUGUGCUUAUUGUCUUAAUAAUUUAGCAGGUUCCAAUUAGUAUUUAGAAAAGGUUGCCUUUAACAUUCAACUAUUGAGCAGUGUGCUUAAGGUUGUUUAAUUCAUUUUUUGUCAUCGGUUGUUUAAUCCCUUUAAAAUAGUACUACAUCAUG